AUGGCCGAGGCUACAUGGCACAAGAUCGAAAGGCUGGCCUUGUGCCAGAUGGAAAUUGCGGCGGAAGAAAGAUGGCUGGAGAUAGAACAUUGUGGAAUUCUAUGGGUCCACCACGGUCAGACACACAAACAUUCGUGGCACGAGGAUCUAGCUUCAGAUAUCACUCUAAAUAAGAAUCACUGCUAUUACAAUCCUACCAGAAAACGUAAGUACUCGAUUAAAACAAUUAUUACGGCUUCCGCAAACAGGCCAUUAAUUCUUGACAGUUAUAAUGACGCAGAUCAUAGCUUGUCUGAAACGCUGAAGCCUCGAAAAAAUAUAUUAAACCUCAGGCAGAAAUUGGCAAAUGUUAAAAUACUAUUUAAACCAUAA